AUGGUGUCCAAAACAUCCAUACCCUCCUCCCCAGACCUCCUCGAUGUAAUUAUCGUCGGCGCCGGGCCAUGCGGCCUCGCCGUUGCUGCCAGACUAAAAGAAGAAACACCGUCCGCGCUGUUCACAGACGAUGAGCACCAGCGUUACCACUGGAUCAACAAGCAUAGCGGCCGGAUGGCGCUCGUGCAGGCUCGCCAUGGCAAGCAGAAAAAGGUCAAAGCAGAGAAAUGGCACGGAUACACCUCUCGGCAAUCCUUCUCGUCUACACAUUCAGAGUCUAUAGCGGGGUCUCCACCUUCACUGUCCUCGUCCGUUUCGACUGCUUCAGAGGAGACGGAGACUGGCGAGGUGGGGGACGGUUCGCCGUCCAUUCUUGUUUUGGAUAGUACUGGCGAUAGAUGGAUGGAGCGAUGGAAUCGGGCUUUUAAGACGUUAGAGAUUCAGCAGCUUCGCAGUCCCAUGUUCUUUCAUGUUGAUCCGAGUGAUCGGGAUGGAAUGCUGGCGUAUACGCAGGAGAUGGGGAGGGAUUGUGAUCUUUGGGAGAUAUCUGGGUGUGUGGGGAAGGAGUUGAGCAAGCAUAAGAAGAAGAAGAAAAUGAGGUCGAAGGCUGUGGCUAUAGGAGAAGUUGAGAUUGAUGAAAGGGACCGCAAAGACUAUUUCUCGCCUUCUACGGAGCUUUUUGAGGAUUACUGCUCUAGCGUCAUCGCACGGUAUGGUCUUAACACGCCAGGCAUGAUCCAACAAUGUGAGGUCAAUAAUAUCCAGUACGACUACCAUGACGAGAUGUCGCCUUCCGAGAAGAUAUUCACGGUUACCACAAAUGAUGGGGCUGUGUUCUAUAGUCGGACGGUUGUGCUGGCCAUUGGGCCUGGCAGGACGAAGGUCUUCCCGUUUAAGUUAACCGAUGAAGAGGCAAACGGGGCUUGUCAUAGUACGGAGAUCCGAUCAUUUCCAAGCCCCAAUGUGAAAAGAAAGAUCCAGCAACGUCAGCAGACGAACCUGAUGGUUGUUGGGGGAGGGCUCUCUUCGGCACAGAUAGUGGAUAUGGCUAUCCGGAAGGGAGUAAGCAAGGUGUGGUUCCUGUUAAGGUCUGAUUUCAAAGUCAAACACUUCGAUAUCGACCUGACGUGGAUGGGCAAAUUCAAAAAUUUCGAAAAGGCAGCUUUCUGGUCCGCAGACACGGACGAAGAACGCCUCGAGAUGAUCAAAACCGCUCGCAAUGGAGGCAGCAUUACACCGCGGUAUCAAAAGAUCUUGAAGCAGCAUGCAGCCCGCCACCGUGUCUCGAUCCACUCUCGUACAAUCAUUCUCAGCCGUGAGUACUGCCCCAUGUCUCAGACAUGGCGCCUCACCACUGAUCCUCCAAUUCCUGACCUCCCUCGCAUCGACUACAUCUAUUUUGCAACAGGCAUACAGGCGGACGUGAACGAACUCCCGCUGCUUCAGCAAAUGAACCGCGAAUAUCCGAUUGAGACCAAGCAGGGUCUGCCGUGCGUUACGGAUGAUCUCAUGUGGAAGGCGAAUUUGCCUUUAUUUGUGACUGGACGGCUGGCUGCCCUCCGCCUAGGUCCGGGAGCCCCUAAUCUUGAAGGAGCGAGGCUAGGUGCAGAGAGGAUCGCAUGGGGGAUGGAGGAGGUGCUGGGGCAGGGAAAGAGUGAGGAUACAGCUGCUGAACGAUCGAAAGAGUGUUUCUGUGGCUUGGGAAAUCGAUAUGCUGGGUUAGCUGAUGUGAAUUGGUAA